AAGUCUGGACUGGAGCCAGUGGAGGUGCAGGAAGGAAUGUUUUUUUCAGUCAGAAGUAGUUCUAGCGGAUGUUGUUGAUUUUUUGUUCGGUCUUGACGAACGUAUAGUGCACGGUCUGUGCCCAACGUCGGGUGUAUACGCUCUGUGUCGGUGUGCCGUCUUGCCACCGCCUUUUCAAAAUCAGGCCAAAUACACUGUAUGACCUGAUGUUUCGUCCGUGGAGGUGACGGCGAGCACCCGUCACAAUGAAUCGCCUCAGUAGCACCACUUGUUGGUGGUGUUUCGGCGUCGCUCUUUCCAUCUUGGGCAGCAUGAUAGGCUAUACCGAGGCUUCCUUGCUAAUAGGCUCUCUCGAUGUUGGAAGUAGUGCUGCUGCUGUUGCCUCGCCUCUAAUCAAUGAGCUUCUUUCUAAGAUUGUUUCUCGUUAUGAUGUGCUGGCUGUACAAAGUAUUGCUGAUGCCCAGACCGCAAAGGAACUGCUCAAUUCCGUCAACAGGAGAGCUAUCAAUACCAAUGGAAAUGGAACUGCCAGUAUAUACAGUGUGGCUCUCGGUGGUAGAGGUGCAGAAGAACAGCUUGUAUUCUUUUACAGACGCUCUUCAGUGUCAAUCGUUGGCACUUGGAAUUACCCCAAUCGGAAUGGAACCUUUGACACUACUCCUUUUGCUGUGCAUGUUCAGCCUGUGCGCAGUGACAGUGUGGGGGUACGUGAUUUCUUGUGCAUAUCUGCGCACACAAGCAGUGAUCCGGUCAAGAACUUAGCCAUGAUUCAAGAACUCCCUUUGGUUAUCCAACAAGCCAAGUUUCACUUCAGUCAGCAGGGCAGUCCGGUGCCCGACGUAUUGCUGAUGGGCAAUCUGAAUGCUGAUUGCAUGUCAUUUCCAUCGGAAAAUUGGCAGAAGAUCUUGCUGUGGACUGAUAGGGGUAGUGGCUACAAGUGGCUGUUGACCCGUUCAGCGGAUACGACCACAACAAGAUCAACAUCAUGUGCUUUGGACCGAUUUGUAGCAAGUGGUCAGGCUAUGAUACAGUCGAUUGUAGCUUCCUCAGCGGCCGUGUUCCGAUUCGACCUUGCAUAUGCACUGACAACCGACGAGGCUUUGAUGGUUAGUGAACACUAUCCGAUUGAGGUGCGAGUACAAGCAGCGGACACUGUUAGUCAAACGCCAACCAUGAGUGGUAAUCCAGCACUGGUAAUCCACACCGCACCCAUAGGGGUCACAAACAGCCGCACAGCCAAGAUCUGGUUCGACCUGAGUCCCAUGCCACCGGACUUCAAUCCGAAGAAGGACACGUUGUCGUUCAUGUGUCGAUAUGAUGAUGCACCAAUGGCAACCAGCUGCUCGAGUCCUUGGACUGCCAUAAUGAUGGAGGAAGGUCCACACACGUUGGUCAUAAUUCCCGUGACAUUGCAAGGACGCAACUAUUCUGCUGCCAGCUACACUUGGAGUGUGGAUACAAGACCACCAGUGAUGACGUCUAUACUAGCUGCUGUGGACAAGACGGACCGGGCUGUUCUGGCAUUCACAUGUGACGAGGCUAACUGCAUGUAUGAAUGCUACAGUCAUGAUGUCAGGGACAACCCAACGACAUCAUUUGUACCCUGCUGGGGUGGCUACCAGAGCACACAGCCCAUAUCGCAGUCCGGGGCCAGGAUGAACAUUUCUGUGCGGGCUGUUGACAGAGCGGGAAACACUGGUAUACCUGUUCUCUAUUCAAUUGAUAAAGGUGAUGCAACUGCCGGCGAUUCGUCUAAGAAUUCCACGGCCAGCUUUCUGACUAAAAAUCUGAUAUUUGUAGCAUGUGGGUGUACAGCCUUGGGAGUCAGUAUGGUGUGGAUCGUAAUAUUGCUAAUGUGCCGAACAUCAUCUUCCAGCAAUGAUGAUAAAUCCUCUGACAGAGAAACAUCACCGUACAGAGGUAGGGGAAAGGCUGUGGCUGAUGGUGGCGCAGGUUCAGGCGGUGGCGGCGGCGGCGAUGCAGACAACAGUCACCAUACGACGACACCCGUAGCUCUGUCACCGGUGAUUGUCACACCGCCACCUGUUUUAAGUGCACAUUCGCCAAACCUUGAAUCUGGUACUGGUCAGGUUGGAGGAGCUGAUGGUGGUCAUGCCAGUGCUGCUAACGGUGCUGCUGGUGCUGGAGGUCGGGUUAGAGGUAGCAGUGCUGUGAGCCAUGUUACAAUGUCCAUGCAGGAAUGCAACAGCACAUCAUCCAUGAGGCCUGCCAUGUAUGCCGCUGGAGGAACCGGCUAUAUGCAUAUCAAGCGAACGCAGGCCCUAGAACAAACCACCCACUUCAACGCUAUGGAGGUUCAUGAGUCUGUGAACCGCGAGUCGGGUGAUGGACAAUCCCAUAAGGAGGAAAAGGCUGCGUUUGAGUUUGAUCACCAUAGUCGUUUGUCUAUGUUCAGUCAUGGUGUACUGUAUGACAAUAAGAAUAGAGAGCAGUGUCCAUCUCGCUCACAUCGCUCCAGUCGCUGUGUCUGUGGUGAUAAAGAUGAGCAGAUUCGCCAGCACAAUGAGCGCAAGCGUGAGCGUCGUCGUCGCCGUCAAAACAAGCGCUGUCGUAAUGAUCAUCACUACGGUGCUAGUAGUGGGGCAGUUACUGAUGUGGAGCACUAUACAUACCAACCAUUAGUGCUCAAGUCUAACCCACAACAAACAUACUCACCAAGUCCACAUCAACACCAGCAUCAUGCUGCCAACCGUAGCCUACGUACUCAUUCUAACCUACCCGAGCAGCCAGAAGACGCACUGAGCAAGAAGUCUAGAACAUCGGCUGAAGCAGCCGCCGCGGCUAUGGCGAGGGCAGCAGCAGCUCUCAACAAUGGUGAUAUGGCUACGGCAACGACUAUGACAGAUGGUGCAGAGGACAGCAGCAAUAGCAAGCCAGAUGUCAAGCCCAAAAUUCUGGACGCAAUGCAGCGCAGGAAGCUAGCCAAACGUAUGAUGCAGGAACGGCGCGCAUGGGCCCAUUACUUCAGUGAGAUCAACCCAUCAGAUGGUGAGUCAGUGUGUUCAUCCAUGCGCAGUGCUCCAGUCCUUCCCAGUGGACUGCGUCUUCUCACAAUGAGUGUGGAUGCCAAGAAAGAUCCGGAUACACAGUCUGUUGUUUCAGGAGUAACAACGUGUGUUUGAAUCUUCAUUAUGUGCCCCAGAUGACCAAACUACCCCAUCAUGUUUCAAGUGUACUGAUGCUGGCCUAUACUCGAGACAUUCUCCUCAUUCCAAAGUAGUGUGGCUACCCUUUUCUCAGAUGCUGUUGACUGAAGACAAGAUGUUAGUAAUGCUGUUCCCGACGUUCACAUCAAACUUCAGACGUAUACCAGACUUCAUGAAGGACAUCUCUUUAUCACUUUCUUCCCAAAUUGAGAUCCGUUCUAAAUGAAAUGACUACAAAGAUCAAUUAUGCAUAAUCAAACUGGGCAGACUGCAUGCAAUCUGGUGCCUAUAUCAAUAAUAGAAUUUGAGUUGUCAAUGAAUGGUCCUGGA